CUAUAAUAUCUGAGGGUUUCCGCAUGAGGCAGUUUGUAGGGGCCAAAAAACCAACAAAACACAUGAGUAGAGUUCCCUUGUCAUCUCAUGAGAUUAAUUCUGGUGACUUCAUUGCGCACAUAAGAGUGUUCUCAAAAGCCACUUGUCCAUAAACAAUGCGCCUCUCCAACAUGACAGAAUCUUUGGGCAGGGCUGUGCCUCUGUCGGUGGACUUCAGUAAACCCGAAGAUUAUUUCAUCUUCAUUUUCCAGAUUUUAUUUGCCACAACCACUGUUACGACAGCUGGAACAAUAGUCAUCGGCAUCUUGUCCACCAGAGCUCUGCGCAUUCAAAACAGAUUUAUUUUCAUGUUAAACACUAGUAUUGCUGACACGCUCAUUGGGUUUUCAGUGUAUUAUCUCGGUCUGUUCGAUGUCGACGAGGGAUAUUUGUCUAGAAACGGAACCUACUCUGUUUUACCUUCCCUUUUAGGCGUUAAUGUAUUAACGUUUAUGUUCGCGCAAUUUGACCGCUAUUUUGCUGUGUGCCACCCAUUUAUCUACAGCCGCUUCGUAACGAGACAAUGUGUGAUAUGCAUUAAUGUUUACAGCUGGGUUUACACUUAUGGCCACUUGAUCAUCAGGAAUAUGCUACCCCUUUAUCAAGUUAUACAAAUGUAUUUAGUCACCAUUCUCAUGUUUCAAAUCAUAGUGCUUGUCAAAGUGGCCAUGACAUUGAAAUUGUAUCUCAUUGCCAGGUACCAGCUUGAAAGAGAUCCUCCCAGCGCCGAGAAAGAAAGCAAGAAGGAAUCUUUGAGAAUAAUCAUUUUUGUUGUCAUAAGCUUCUUGGUGUUGUGGUCUCCAUCUUUUGUGAAUAUUACAAUUAAAUUAAUGACAGGAAGAGGGUUGAAUUUUAGAAAUGAGGCCACCAAUGUUUUCGCCAUUAUGGCUCGUUUCAAUGCCUUGUUCACACCAUCUGUGUACAUCUGGGGGAGUCCGGCUCUGAGAGAAGCCGCGAUAAAGACUGUGUGGGGGAAAGUGUGCCCUAAAUGCAACAGGAGGUAACUGACACAAUGUGCAGCUCAUUUAUCAUUUUGCCUCUGUUGUUUUUUAAUCCAUACGAUGCAGUCAGUACUCAUUUAAAUUCUCUUUCCUUCAGAGUCGGCUCUUUUCCUGUGAAGUCGUGUGUCAACAGGUGUAGUCCUGCCGGGACCCACUGAUGCGACACUUCUU